GUUAAUUAAUUAGUUAAUUGUAGUAGUGAUCGUUAGGCGUUAGUUAACUGAAUCGUUAUGAGCAGUGGUUGUUAGAAGUUGAAAAUGGAAUUUGUGGGACUAUCGUCCCUUCCUUCCAAGUUUGUACCGCCAAAGCUCGCAUUCAUCUCCUUCCCUACAUCUCUAUUCUCUUCUGAUCUCCACAAACAAAAACUAAACCAAAACAAUGCACAAUGCGAGCUUUCUUUGCUCAAUUCCAACCCGUUCCCCAUCACUUGUUUGAUUCUUUGCCCCAAACACACAACAACGUCUCUUCACACCCUGCUUUCCUCGGAUCGAGCAGCGAGUUGAUGCAGAAAUCUUUUGGAUAAUUUAACCCUAGAAAAUGUCAGGAGGAGGAGGAGGAAAGGGACGAGAGCUCGAUCAGACGCCAACAUGGGCCGUCGCAUUAGUUUGUUUGGUCAUUGUAGUUAUUUCUUUAAUGUUGGAGAAAAUUCUUCACAAAAUAGGAGAGACAUUGGAGAGGAAGAAAAAGAAAGCUUUGGUUGAAGCUUUGGAGAAGAUUAAGGGAGAGCUCAUGGUUUUGGGAUUUAUUUCCCUGCUUCUAACAUUUGGGCAAAGCUACAUUGCUAAAAUAUGUAUUCCUGAAGCAGCUGGCAACACUAUGCUGCCAUGCCCUGCACAUGUGGAACACCUCGAACAUCAUCCACCAGGACAUGAUCCAUCAGGGGAACAUCAUGCAUCAGGGGAACAUCAUCCAUCAGCGGAACAUCAUGCAGAACCAGAACAUCAUCCAGAACCAGAACAUCAUGAGCCAGAACAUCACGAGCCAGAACAUCAUGAACCAGAACAUCCUCCACCAGAAAAUGAACAUAAAAAACCUGCUGAAGCAGCAGCAGAACAUCAUAGAAGGCUUCUAUGGAGUAUGCGCAGAGUUUUAUCAGGUCAUGCCACUGAGGAGUGCAAGGCAGGAUUUAUACCACUAAUAUCUCUCAAUGGUUUGCACCAGCUACACAUCUUCAUAUUCUUUUUGGCUGUAUUUCAUGUAAUCUAUGGUGCUAUAACAAUGGCUCUUGGAAGAAUGAAGAUCCGAGGAUGGAAGGAAUGGGAAAUGGCAACUGCUGAAGAUGAAGCAGCCAAUGAUCCUUCAAGAUACAGGCUUACGAAAGAGACAUCUUUUGUGAAAGAAAACACCAGUUUCAUGACUCAAACACCAGUUCUUUUCUACUCUGCUUGCUUCUUUCGGCAAUUUUUUAGGUCUGUUCGUAGGGCUGACUACUUGGCCAUGCGCCAUGGAUUCAUUUCGGUCCAUUUAGCUCCUGGAAGUAAGUUUGAUUUUCAAAAGUAUAUUAAAAGAUCAUUGGAAGAUGACUUCAAGGUUGUCGUGGGAAUUAAUUUGAUGUUAUGGUGUGCAGCAGUGCUCUAUCUGCUGCUGAAUGUGCAUGGAUGGCAUGCUAUGAUUUGGCUAUCCAUGAUGCCUUUAGUUACAAUCUUAUCAGUUGGGACAAAGCUUCAAGCAAUUAUAGGACAAAUGGCCAUUGAAAUCCAAGAAAGGCAUGCUGUAGUCCAGGGCAUACCUCUUGUGCAAGUCUCAGACAGACAUUUUUGGUUUAGCAAGCCAAAGUUGGUUCUCCAUCUUAUACAUCUAACCCUCUUUCAGAAUGCAUUUGAGAUAACAUAUUUCGUCUGGAUAUCGUAUGAGUUUGGGCUUCAUUCUUGCUUCCACAGUAACUUCUAUCUUGCUGUUCUAAGAGUUUGUCUCGGGUUUGGAGUACAAUUCAUGUGCAGCUACAUUACACUACCAUUGUAUGCACUUGUGACCCAGAUGGGAUCAACCAUGAAGAGGUCCAUAUUCGAUGAGCAGACUUCUAAAGCCCUGAUGAACUGGCAUAAAAAGGCUAAGCAUCAAGCUGCUGUUCCGAAGCCAGGAGGAAUGAAAACGACAACACUGGGAGGCGGCAAUCCAGACGACUCGCCUGAAGGUUCCCCAGUGCACCCAGCAAGCGCUGGGAACUCCGCUGAUCCAGCGCAGAUGGCCAACAUCGUUGCCAGCGUGGAUAUUCCCGGGGAUUCUGCAUCUGCUGAUGAUGGCAAGAAGUAAAAAACCACUGACCUUCUAACAGGUCCUUGAGUGAACUGAUGAAAGCUUGAAAUGUUCAUUCAUAUCAGCCCUGGAUUUAGAUGCAGCAGGCGCCACUGAGUUUGUAAUCUGUAUUGUAUUGUCCCAAAGAUGGUACAUAUACUUAGGUAGUUACUAGUUAGUCCCUCAGAAAUUUCAUUUUUAGUUAUUUAUCCCCCUAGCUCAAGAUAUCAUUCAUUAUGUAAUUAUUUACACAAAUGAUUCUGUAAAAAAACAAACAAAAAAAACUACUACUGCAUAGUAUUUUCCAUUUCCUUAGUUGAUGACAAAUAAA